UGUGGCACCUAUCAUGCCCAGCCUUCCCAGGGUACAGAGCAGGAGAAAAUGGAUUACGCCCUCAACAAUAAAAGGCGAGUCAUUCGACUGGUUCUGCAGUGGGCUGCUUUAUAUGGAGAUUUACUACAAGAAGAUGAAGCAGCAAUGGCCUUUUUGGAGGAAUUUUAUGUAUCUGUAUCAGAUGAUACUAGAAUGAUUGCAGCACUAAAGGAGCAACUUCCGGAGCUAGAGAAAAUUGUAAAGCAAGUUUCUGAAGAACCUAAAGCACCACAAAAGAAGCACAAAGUUCUUCUACAGCUGUUCAACACAAGUGAUGACAGAGCACAGAAACGCCAGCCUAUCAGGGGCAGCGAUGAAGUUCUGUUUAAGGUGUACUGCAUAGACCAAACCUAUACCACUAUCCGGGUGCCAGUGUCUUCCUCUGUGAAGGAAGUGAUCAGCGCAGUAGCAGAUAAGCUGGGUUCUGGAGAAGGCCUCAUCAUAGUAAAGAUGAGUUCAGGAGGAGAAAAGGUUGUGCUUAAACCUCAUGAUGUUUCAGUGUUUACAACUCUCAGUGUUAAUGGACGGCUGUUUGCUUGCCCACGUGAUCAGUUCGAUUCAUUGGCACCAUUACCAGAACAAGAAGGACCAUCUACUGGUACAGUGGGAACAUUCGAACUGAUGAGCUCCAAAGACUUAGCACAUCAGAUGACCAUUUAUGACUGGGAGCUUUUCAACUGUGUGCAUGAGCUGGAAUUGAUCUAUCACACUUUUGGAAGACACAAUUUUAGAAAGACCACAGCAAAUCUGGACUUGUUUUUAAGAAGAUUUAAUGAAAUUCAGUUCUGGGUAGUCACUGAGAUUUGUCUUUGCUCUCAACUCAGCAAGCGUGUUCAGCUGUUAAAGAAGUUUAUUAAGAUAGCAGCCCACUGUAAAGAAUACAAAAAUCUGAAUUCCUUUUUCGCUAUUAUUAUGGGACUGAGUAAUGUUGCUGUGAGCCGUCUCUUGUUAACAUGGGAGAAACUUCCAAGCAAGUUCAAGAAGAUCUAUGCAGAGUUUGAAAGCUUAAUGGAUCCAUCAAGAAACCACAGGGCCUACAGGCUAACUGUAGCUAAAUUGGACCCUCCGAUAAUUCCUUUCAUGCCACUACUUAUAAAAGACAUGACGUUUACUCAUGAGGGAAACAAGACAUUCACUGACAACCUAGUAAACUUUGAAAAAAUGCGCAUGAUUGCCAACACUGUCAGGACGGUGAAAUUCUGCCGAAGCCAAUCUUUCAAUCCUGAUGCAGCCAUAACUAGUAAGAACCAUCAGGAUGUUCGGAGCUAUGUGCGGCAAUUAAAUGUGAUUGACAACCAGAGAACUUUAUCACAGAUGUCUCACCGACUAGAACCACGUCGAGCAUAAACAUUUGAAGCAAUGAUGAGAAAUGAUCUUUUAUCCUGUCAAGGUCACUUGUUAAGAACUUCACUUUGUCUGCUACUGCACUGCCACUAUAAAAAUAAGCAAAAACAUAUUCUAAGGUCUUAGGCAACGCACAAUGUACCAGCCUUUCACUGAGGAAGAAUUUAUGCACUGUAGCUGUAUGGGUGGCCAUGUUGUGAACUGUUAGUUCAUCUUAAAGUGCAGUAAAUGAUUUCUUAUAUGGAUAAAAAAAGGCAAAAGAUAAAACAGAAUAGUUAGUGAAAAGUGCACAAAAAGCUUCUAACAAUUCUAAAGGAGGUAGUGUUGUCGUCCCUAAUUAAAAAUCUGUCUUUUAUGAUUUAUUCUCCAAGUCAGGACCAAAACUGAUCAUCAGUUUAGCUUGACCAGAUACUG